ACAUACAGCGCCUCACAGCUUAUCUAGCCCCAGCUGGUGCCUUCGGCCUCCCGGGUUUCUUCGUGCCCAAUCCUGUCCGCAGUUGCAGGCGUCCAGGUCUCGUCCUUGAGCCCCCACGGCUCUGAAACUCUUUAAAGGAUGUCCUUAAGUAGCCUGUGUAAGCUGUUGGCCAUGGAACACGCACUACGCUAGUGCACGGGCUUAACCAUCCAGCUUCUUGAGCAGACCAUUGGCCUGAAACCCAAGGCCUGAACUAAUGCAACAUACCGAACAGCCGCCUUAGCCAGGCAGCGGCAACCAUGGCGGGAAAUAGCACGCUAUUUAGGAUGUGGGUUCUGCUGACACUUGCCGCGCGUGCGGGCCAUGUGCUCGGGCAGCCGGAUCAGUUAGACGUUGUUUCAAUGGCUCUGAAGGUCAGCUGCGUCAACCGGCGCAUGGUGGACUCUUUAGAUAAGUUUCUGCAGCCCCGACCUCGGCGAUUCCACAUCGUAGCCCCGAAGGGCUGCGACCGCUUUGAGCGAUACAGCAGCAAAGUGCGGUGCUACCUGGAGGACGCGCUGGUCCCCAACCUGACCAGCGCUGUGGUGAGGGGCUGGCUGCACGACCGCUUCUCGCAGCGGCCGGCCGCCGACCUGCAGCGCGUGCUGGACCGAUCCACCUGGUUCUACCAGCAGUUCCUCAAGCUGGCUGUGGCUCAGUACAUCCCCGACCUGGCGCAGCACUUCCUCAUCUUCGACAGUGACAUGAUUGCGCUGCACCCGCUCACCUGGUUCCUGCCACUCAACGCCGACCCCGCCCGCAUCACCGGCGCCGCCCUCGUGUCGCCGCCGCUCAACGUGUCGGCCACCUCCGGCCAGCCCCUGCCGCCCCUGUACCCAGCCGCAGGCGCUGCGGCCACACGCGCCAUCGCUGCCGGCAACACGACCGCCGUCACCGCCGCCGCCUCCAACUGCACCAACCCGCACCCCUUCCUGACGCUCAUCCACGUGGGCGGCUGGAAGCCCCACGCCGGCUACCAGCACACCUACCAGCUGCUCACGGGGCGGCCCAUCAUACCCAGCCCCUCUGACGGCUCCAGCCUGGUGACGCACCACAUCCUGGUGUACAAGCCCUACAUGGCGCAGUUCCUGGGCAACAUCACCGGCCCGCAACACGCCGGCAAGCACCUGGGCUGGGCCAUGUCGGUGCUGGACGCGGUGGCGGCGCUGCGGGAGAUGGGCGAGGUGAAUGUGGGCUUCUCAGAGUACUGGUCCUACCUAAGCUGGGUGCAGGACAACUACCCCUGCACGGUGGCGUUCGCCCGGCGGCGUGAGUGGACCCGCACACCCGCCACCGCGCCCGCACCGCUGCCCAUCUCCGUGACGCCGGCCCGGCAGCGCAAGCUGAUCGAGCACAUACCCAUCUGCUGCCCCACGGCCAGCAACCUGGAGGCCACGGCCGGCGCGGGCUGGCUGUUCACGGGCUACGAGCUGGGCCACCACCACCACUGCAACUACCACCACCCCGUGUUCGAGCAGGGGUACGCAGACUGGUUCCUGGACUAGCGGGGGGGGGCGGCGGGUGGGCAGGAGAGGGGGCUCCCACGUGUCCCUGAGGAAGGUCGUUAACGAAUGCGGUACAUACCGGCGUCCAAGGGGGGUCUGGCGCUGAUGGGGGCUCUUGCCGACUGGGGCUCAGACGGAGGAGCGCGGGCGCAAGGCGGGAGUGGGGUAUACGGGUUCACGCGAGGGCACGGGGGGGCAGUGACAGGGUGCGGCCGGGACAGGCGGCUGCCGGGCGGGUGGCGUGAGAGGGGGGCGACGCCCCGGUGUGUGUGUGUGUGCGUGCGAGAGAGAGGCUUGCAUUGACAGAGGUAGGCGCCGUAAAUUUGCGGUCGCCACGCAUUCUUGCUUGCAAUUCUGGUUGGGUGGAUGGCCGCGUAUGCGUCCGCCCGCUACCCUGCUAACACUAGGAGGACGGCACCGCGUCAGCCGGCUGCUGGCUGUUGAGUCGCACCCAUGGGUGUGCGAGCUGCAGGGCUGGCAGGGCUGCGGCGAUGUCUAUUGGGGUGCUAGGUGGGCCUGUGUUUGAGCCGGCCCGGGUGGAGGUAAUUACACGUGUGGAGAGGCUGUGCAUUGAGAUUGAAUCGAAUAGCUGAAUGCUGGAGUGCCAUUGAUGAGAACGGUGACAGUCAAGUUUAUCAUGCAGGGCUGAAGAGGUAAGAAUUGGUGCAUUCCAGUCGGACAGGAGAGCAAAGGAGGUUAUGCGUGGUGGAGGACACGGCACUUGAGACCGGUUUGGAUGCAUAGCGCUGGGGUGGAGGUGGCUGUCAUUCGGUCAGCUGGUGCGCUGCGGCCUGGAUAUUCCUGGGCCGGCUGCGUGCGGCUAAGCACCGCGGGGCCGGGCUGUUGAUGCGCGCGGGGCAGUCCGCGACAUGUGCGGGUGUGAGCGCCCGGUAGCACCUGCGAAUUCUGGGUGUUCGGUGUGCGCAAUGUUAUUCCUGAUUGACGUGUUUGCGCAACGGCGUGCGCGCGUGCGCCCGUUUCAUCACAAUGCCGCUUUGACAUGGCACUGGUUGCAUGCACUGAUUGCAUGCGUUCUGUGCAAUUGAUUUGAGCACUAGGUGUACAGUAGGCAGGACUGCUGUGUUGGCUUCAGGAGCUAUGGGACAGGCCCGUUCAGGGCCGUGAGGCGGGGGAGCGGGCGCGCGGGGCCAUGGACGGGAUGCGUUUCAUUACACCGCCACAAACUACUCAAGACCUCGAAAGCAGAACUUUCCAAGUGCGGAAGGCGUGUGCGGACCCUUUGUCUUUGAAGCACGUGAGGAAAGAGGGGACGGCAGAUGGAUCCUAUUUUCAAUUUGCCCCGUGUGUGUGUGUCAGAGCGUGGAAGCGGUACGUGUGUGUUAGAGCGCAAGGAAAGAGACACGCAGGACAGCGUGUGAGGUGGGGGCGUGUUGCGGAGCAGGUACAGGGGGCACAGUUGCGUUCCAGGCAAAUGCGUGCGACCGGUACCCAGGUGCAGUACGGUACGAUGCAGGCGCGUUGGCAAGGAGAGGAAAUCGGUGACGGAGUGGCUGGUGGCGGCGUAACGCGCUGUGGUUGGGAGGUAUGCUGAUGCGCUAGCUGCGCUCGCGUGCCAGGAGCGCGGCCAGACGACAGCAGUCUACACACAUGAUGACGACGUGUGUCAGAGGUCACAUGGAAAGGUAAUGCGUGCCGGUGUGUCUGUGAGCGCACCAGCAAGUGCAAACGACUGGAUUGUCGGUGCGUCAGCACGUCCAAGGA